AUGGCAACUCGUCUGAACAUACCCGACAUGCCUAUGGGAGGAUUUGUCGCUGGUCCCGGAGGAGGUGCCGGUCCCGCGGCCGCAGCCCCCGUCGAGGAAGAAGAGGCCGCGCCCGCCGCUCAAGAGAAGACACUUUUCAACCUCAAGCUCGAGAAAUUCGACGCCGGCGCGAAACCCAAGGUGAUCAAGGAGAUCAAGGCCAUGUUAGGCUUGAGUUUGGUGGACAGCAAGAAGUUCGUUGAGGGAGCACCGAAGAUGAUGAAGGAGGGUGUGCCAAAGGAGGAGGCGGAGAAGAUUGUCGAGACGCUCAAGGCGCUGGGUGCUACAGUUGUCAUGGAGUAG